AACGCUGUUUGUUCCUGGUUUUUUUUUGGUUACGAAUUUAUCACAGUUUUCCAGUGUAAAUUGUUCCGAUGCGAAAGUGUCCCUAUUGUUUUGCGUUACGGUGUUCGUGUGUGUUGAUGGUGAACGGUGAACGGUUUUCGUUUUUUUUUUCUUACCUUUUUGGCAUCACAGUCCGUGUUUCGUGUUCAAAAUGGUAGAGGGGCGAAAAGAGAGCCCGAGCGCAAACGAAGAACGGAGCAGCGCGCGCGUGUGAACGAGAGCGAAAGAAAGAGAAGAAAGCACGUACAGACACGGCACUGGGAGUUGCUGCAGUGUACCUUCAAAAACCCGCAAACGAAUCCGAAACAGUCCGCAUCCUAUUUUUCCCUCUGCACGCUUCGCACGUGGAGCGAAAAAGAGAAAGAGAGAGAUAGAGAUAGAGACAACCAUUCCUGGACGACAAGGCAAACAAGAAGAAGAAAUAGAAGUCGGCCCAGGAACAAGAGAGUGCGAUUGAAGAAGAGCCGCGUGCGUGAGGUGGGAAAGAGCAGGGAAGAGCACGGGAAACACUAAGCAUACACCGAACAGAGGUUCCACCGCAAACUUGGCGCCCUUCCACACCGUCCCUUUUCCGCUAUCAAAAAAAACCCCUUCACUCAACACUCCACAUACCGUACUAAAGGCCUCCCCCCCGUGCCCUGCCAAACCCAGCAAACAGUGUGCUGGAAAAAGAGGCAGAAGUUAAUAGUUGUGAAUUGGUACCAAUGGAAAAUGCACUGCCAAAGAAAAUAGCAGGAUAUGGAAGGGAAAAAAAUGUACGAAACCAAAAAAAAACGCCCUUUUCAUCUCAAAACUCUUUUCCUUCCACCUUUACCUGUGUCUAGAACGGAACGAGCAUGAAAGAGUGGGUGCGUUUGUGGUUUGAAGGAAAAGCGAUUCGUUGUUGUGGUGGGAGGGGGGGUGAGGGACGAUGCUUGUUAAAGGGGGGAGGGGAGCAUGGAAAAAAGAAGAACGGAGAGGUUUGCUGAGGGCUUUGUGGUUUUUUUUUUCCUCUGUGGAAAAUCAGUGCAGAAAACUCGAGGAGCUUUUCUUGUUGUUUGUGUGUUGCGUGCGCGUAUAAAUAUGUGUGUGUGUGGGUAUUGUAUAUUAUAGCAUUUUUCCUCGUUUUUUCCAAACGACCGUCGUGUGCGUGUGCGCACGCGCACUUUCCUCGCUGUGUGCGUGUGUGGCUGCGUUUGUGUGUUAGGUCGGAGGGUUUUUUUUGUAUAUAUUGUGGGAAUGGGACGGAAUGGAAGGAGUGCAGGGAAAAUUAAAACGAUAGGGAAAAAAAAAGUUUAUAGAAACGCCAACCGGAAGGAACAAUAUGCAUGCACACAUACGCAUACACACACAUACACGCGCACACACACAGUGUAUUUAGAUAUGCGGGAAAAUGGUACGAUUGAGAAGGCGGUUUGUUUUAGCUCGGAAGAAAAAUAUGUGUUUAUUUGUUGUUUUAAUCAUAUUUGGAGGAUUCCAUUUGUUUCCUAUCUGUUCCUUUGCGCAGUUUACGCUUUCUGUCUUUUUUUCAUUUUUCGAAGGAAAAAAAAAGCUAGUAAAUCUUCCUAAUAGUUGUGCUGAAGAGAAGAUACUGAAAUCAUUCACUCCACCUUCACUUGCAACGUUUCUUAACCGUAUCGUUUCGCAAAACUCGCGCUUACAUUUUGCUUGUUUAUCGGAAGGGCCGUCCCGUGACGUAAGAUCGGUGUGCGCGAAUAGAAAAAAGGAAGUGUGUGCGUGCGUGUGCUAUGGUUGUUUUUUGUGCCUGUGAAGUCUCAAUACUGCUCGCACCUAGCCGAUGGAGGAGCCUAAAUCAUGAAGAAAUGAAAUGGGGGAAAAGGAAGAGACCAAAUCGCAGCCUCCAACCCGUCAAAGCGUCCAGAGAAAACAAUCAACCUUCUAAACCGUUUUUUUUCUUGUUGUCUUGUUUUGCACCAAAUGAUGUCGAUGUCCAUUUCGUGGUUCGUCUGUCGCACGUUCGCUCUGUCUCUGUCUCUUUGUGUGUGCGUGUGCCUCGUUGUGCCCGUCUCGUAAUGGAGUGUGUGUGCGUGGUGUACAUACAAGUGUGUGCGCGCGCGCGCGCACGUUCACCCGUGUACGUUCGCGUAAUUGUACGUGUGUGUAUGUGCUACAAUAAACGGGGUAUGUGUGUUGUGCAAAUCGUCGUUGUGUGCGAACGACAGAACAACCCGAUGCCCCGUACCGUUCCGAAGACCGUUCCACAACGGAAUCAACACAACCACAUUGUGCAUAAUACACCCGAGAAAAGAAUUGGCAAAAAGAGUCGUCGAGGCGCCGCAGGUCGUCCCGGUAACGGUGUGGAACUAGCGUGGGGAAAUGGUUUUUUUUUGUUGUGUGGUACGAUUGGUAAUGGUGGUCCGCUGGCAGAACCCAAACCCGGGGGAUCGGCACAGUGUUAGUGGUGUACUGUCGGACAGCCAGGAGAAGGAACCAAGCAAAACCCGCAAGCAAUCAAGCCAUGUCAGCAACCAACUGAACCCGGGCACACAAAACGAAAGCCAAACGUACGCAGCGAGCGAACGGAACGCGGCAGCAAAAGGAACGAAAAAGCCCUCUUCAAAAACCCUACCAACCAAUGCAAGCAUGAGCUCAGCCGCAACCGCACAACCAAUAGCCAAGCAGCCAACAACAGGCAAAGGGAGCAGCAGCAGCAGCAGUACGCUGGAAGCAGAUUUUUGCUCUAAACAAUUGCACCGCAAAACAAUGGCGCCAGUUGACAGUACACGACGAACGUAAACAACAUACACGCGGCUGAGCGGUUCGGCAAACUUUGGGCGAAUAAUCGAUUGCAAGCGCCACGGAACGCAUCAGCAUCAUCACCGUCAGGGGGGGGAAAACGGUGAUAAACCGGCAGUGCAACAGAGACAGCAUCACACUUGCGAAAACAAGACAGCGCGUGUUUGUGUGUUCGAUGAAUGUACACCGUAGUGUGCGUUACGCUUAAAAACACCACAAACACUCGCACUGUGCGCAAUAGCCAAAUUGAUCAAGGAGGAAAGAGAAGGAUAGCGUACGAGUGAAACAAGCGCUAACAAACACAUACACAUUGGCACGCACACACACACGGACAGAGUUUCAAACGUGCGUGCAGCGUACGGUUGAACGUUGUUGUUGUUGUUUCGUUUUGUGUCAUUCUGUAACGCCGCCACUCACGCUCUCUGGGUCGUAAACUGUCAAAAUAACGGCCGGAGUCUAGUGUGUGUGUGUGGGGAAGGGAGGAGGGGAGAACCACAUACAAAAUAUUUUGACAGUAGCCAGAAAUAGAUGCGUGUGGGAAAGAGACAACCGAGCGCCUGAGUGUUGGAGGCGUGAGCGAAUUCUGUGUAUCUCUCGUGAGAGGAAGCGGCCUCCGAGCGCGACAGUGAGAUAUCGCGUGCGUUUGAGUGGAGUGUGAGUGCAAAUGACGGACAAACAUUAAACGCGAAACGUGUGCGUUUUCCUCCCGGUUUUGUUUUUUCGUAUUUCGGACCCUACAUCGUACAUGAAGCUGUGUGCGCAGGUGUCCUUCUAUUCUGCAGCGUGCCUGUCUCUCCAUUAGAAAGAAGCAGAAAAUAAAUACCCCAACACACAAGGAAAGCCCAGACACGUUCCAUGACUGUAUCGUGGCUGUGUGUAUGUGUGUGUGUGUGCGAUAAUAUAAGUGGUGUGUUUUUAAAAAAAAAGUGAAUAAAGCAGAAAAAGCAGCAAGAAAAUAAGUACAAAAAGUGUUAUCGAAGGAAAAAAAAAUAAAUAAAACAAACGUCAAAGAAACGUGUGACGUUUUGUUGGUGGUGAAUAAGUUUUUCUUCUUCUUCUUCCUUUCGGUCGGUUUCGGUCUUAUUUGUUUUACCCUUUUCGGUAUCGAUUCGCGUAUGUCCGGAGUUCGCGGCGCGUGCUUCCGUUCGUUUCCGGUUCCGUUUUUGCGGCUAGUGUAACUGCGGUUAGUGUGUGUGUGUGUGUACGCACGCGGCGCGGGUACCUAUGUGCGUGCGGUUGUUGGACUGCCGCCAGUCGUCCUCGUCGCCGUCGUCGCCGUCGCCGCCGCCGCCGCCGCCGUCGUCGUUGUGUGGUGCACCAGUGAAAGGGGCGACACCUCCCUGCGGCUACUGCAACACACGUGGCACCACUGUGCUGUGGGGAGUCGACAGCACUGCUGACCGGUCGGCAACACUGUCGUGCGUCCGCUUCAACACACCUCGCAACGGGUGGCCGAAGCGUCCCGAAACGAACGCCACGUCUGUCACCGUUCAGGAGUGGCACGGUGCGCCGUCACACUGUCUGCUGUCGUGCGCCAUCCCCAACACACCCACCAAAGCACCUAGAAUGCAGUGUCGCCGGGGUUGAAACGAGCAGCGAUGGAGAUACAUGUGAAGCAGUGCAAGCAGCGCAACAAACGACGGGAGCGGGCCCAACGUAUGAUCGCCGAACGGGACAAGGAUGCGGCCGCGGACGGUACCGGCAACCGAGAUCCGGACGACAGUGCGGACGACGACAGUGGGCCGAUAAGUAGAGAGAAACCGCACCGGCCACCCGUCCGGCGGAAGCGCAAAGAGAAGGAACCAUCGCCCGUGCUCGAGGAGGAUAUUAUCGAUGGGUUUGCGAUCCUCGCGUUCAAGACGUACGAAGAUAUUGAGUUUGCGAUAAAGGUCGCCAACAAGCGCAAUGAGAAGCGAUUGUCGUCGAUCGUGGAACUGACAACUGUGAUGGUGCCGGAGGAGAAGCCACCGAAAAUAAUCGACACCACACCGUCGAAGCUGUCGGACAAAUCCGUCAGCGGUGGUGUACCGGUGACGAACAAAAAUAACAACAGCAUUAACAAUAGUGAGAACCAUUCCGCAACCGUCACCACAGGUGGCGCCACCGGUACGGCUGGUGCGGGUGGUGGAGUCGGCGGCGGAGGUAUAGUGAGCAAUGCAAACGGUGGUGAAUGGUCGCCGGUGAACAGUACCCACCAUCAGCUACAUCACCUGCAGCAACAGCAGCAGCAGCAUCACCUUCAUCAUGGUGUGGUGGGUCCAACGGGUAGCGUUACCGAACGCACACCGAAUGGCGAUGGUAUGAUGCUGCACAACUCCAGUCCACCGUGUAAUACGGUGGGUGUCGGUGUGGGCGUUGACCGGGGAUCAACGGCGCGUAGCACCAGCGGCGAUAUGACGCUGAUGCCGGCGAAUGGCGGUACCACCGGUGCCGGGACCAAUCAUCACAAUCACCUCCACAACAGCCACGGGCACCAUAACCACGGGAUCCACAAUCAUCUUCACCCGCACCAUCAUAACAGCCGGAACCACAACCACCAGCCGCAACAGCAACAUUCGCCACAGCAGCAGCAACAGCAGCAGCAACAACAGCAGCAACAGCAACCGUUCGCAUCAGUUCACCAUCACGCACACCACAACCAUCAUGUGGUUAGCAAUGGCAGUGUGCCGGGUGUAACGGCUGCCGGUGGUGACGGUACGGGGAAUAACGCUAGCAAUACCGGUGCUAGUGUCACCAACAGUAACGGUGUCAAUGGUGAUCCGGGCACGGCUGGUGCAAUGUCCGCAGGCAAUGGGCAGAACAGUGUGACCGUAACGCCCGGUAACGCCAACAAUCGGAGUAGCAGCAGUAGUAGUAACAGUAGCAGCAGCAGUAGCAGCAGCAGCAGUGGUAACAGUAGCAGCAGCAGCGUUAGGGUUGCCAACAGCAACAAUCGAAACAGCAGUAGUAGUGUACCGGCUAGUGGUAGUAGUAUCAAUAUGAACAGCAGUAGUAAAAACCAUAGUAACAUCUGUUCUCUAAAUAAUCUCACCAUUGCCGCCAUUAUUGCGAAUGGUCCGCCGCGUCGAAACGUUAACGGUAGUGCGGCGAACGGUGCCGGUGUACCGCCGACCGGUAACAGCACGAACGGUAUCAGCAACAGCAGGAGUAGUAGCAACAACAGUACUGCCAGCAAUACCACCAGUGGUACACUGAGCAGCAGUACCGGCGGUACCAUGAACACACAUCAUCCAAACCACCAUCAACUUCAUCAUCCGCAUCAUCAUCACCAGCAGCAGCAGCAGCAGCAGCAACAAAGCCACCAUCUUCAUCAUCAACAGCAGCAACAACAGCAGUCGCCUCAUCUUCAACAUCAUCCUCACCAUCAACAGCACCAUCAACAUAACCAUCAUUUAUCAGCGGUACAUAAUCUUUCUCUAUCUUCGAUCAUCGAUCCGGGCACGUCCGACGACAGUGGGCGCGCCUCGGAGCGUCUGACGACGUCCUCUGUGGCCCAGCGGGAUCCGGACAGUUCGCGAGACCGGCUCAGCGAUGCUAGCAGUCGCUGCAGCUCCGGUAAAGGGUAUAUCUGUGAUAGCGAAGGAGACGAUGACAAGGUAAGCAACUGGUGUGAAGAUGUGACUCUACAUGUGCGAGAAAGAAAGCUCCCCAGACAAAAGGUAUCGAAUGGACCAUUGGGUACGCAUUUGACACCGAUUGGUGGUGGCCACCAAGCAGCAGCGUCCCCACAGCAGCAACAGCAACAUCAAGGAUCGCAACAGCAGCCACCACAGCCGUCCGCAUCGCCGCAGACGGCCGGUAUAAGCAAUAAGCCGCUGUUGCCGACCGCUUCCGCCAAGAUUCCGGCCGCCGGUGUCCUGCUGCUCAGCACAACGGCGGCCGCCACCUCCGUUACGACAGCAAUAUCAACCUCCCAGAAGCAACAGACGCCGCUGGUAAGCAGCUCACCGCAAUCUCCGGCCCAGUCGCUGGCGGUUUCAUCUCCGGCGGGUAGCAUUCAGGCACCGUCAACACCGCUGCAAUCUCAGCCACCUUUGUCACCCCAGCAGCAGCAAUCGCAGCAGCAACAGCAACCGGGGCAGCAUCCAGCGACGUCCACCUCCAACGCUAGUGGUUCGUUGAAAUCAGUAUUUCUUGGUGUCACCGCGGGACCGAAUGGGGGCGCUGGUAACACCGCCAAUACGCUUAUGUCGCCGUCAGCCGGUCAGACGGCUAGCAAUUUAUCGAAUAGCUUAGGUUCGGGCGGCCCAGGUCCCGUGGCCACCAACAGUCAUCAUCUGAGCGGUAGUUUGGCAGGUGUCGUCGGUCCGAACGCCGGUGUUGUCGGCAGUAGUGCGAGCAGUAACGGCAGUGCGGCACCUUCCUCACUGCCCCUCUCGGUACCGCACACACCACCAGCCGCCACACCUGCCACCGCUGCCGGGCAAAGUGGGGCGGUGCAUCCCACGCUCGAUAGUACUACCGUCGCCACCUCGUCAUCCUCCUCUUCCUCCAUCGCCUCCUCUGCUUCCCUGUCGUCCACGUCUGUGGUAGCGGCGGCUGCCGCUGUUGCGGCAGCAUCGACGGGUGGUUUACGCACCAACAGCCCAGCAGUGCCCGGUGGCGGUACCGUGGUGCCAUCGCUGUCAGCGACAGCCGGCCCUAACACUGCCUCCCUGCUGAACGGCAAUCAUGCGGCAGCUGUCGUUGCGGCAGCCGCCGCCGCCGCUGCCCAUCCAUCGAUGAUGAUGGCGAAUGGGCUCGGCAGUUUGCCACCGGCCUAUCGGGCCUAUCCGGGCUACCCAAUCUACUCGCCGUACGGUAGCUUUCAGCACAAUCCCUACCUGCCACCGUCGGUCACCUCGCCAAAUCUGUCACCCCGGUUACAUCCGGCUCUCACACCCAUGCCGCCCCACACGCUCAUGGGUCUCGGGCUGAUGGAUGCCCGGUUGCAGCCGCCAUUAGGUGCGGGACCGACCAGUAAUGGUCCCACCGGUGCCGGUCGACCGACCGAUCGUGACCCAUCGCCACUGAUAGCGGCCGCCCAGCAACAGCAACAGGCAGCGGCAGCAGUAGCCGCCGCAGCAGCGGCAGCAGCAGCCGCCCAGCAGAAGGUGCGCCCGAUCACACCGAACGCUAACUCCAGCUCGAGCAACAGUUCGUCCUCGUCAUCGUCCUCCUCUUCCGCCUCGUCCGCGGCCGGUAGCAGUACGUCUUCCGUAACGCUCGUCUCGAGUACGGCACCGUCGGCCGGCGGUGUUGGAACACUACAUCCGGCGGCGAAUACGACCGAUACUUCGCAUUCCUCCCAACCUUCGCACCGGGACGUUGUCGGGUCACACUCGGUGCAUGUACCACCGCACCCCGGCAUGCAUCUCGGUGGUGGUCCACCACCACCCGGUAGUGGGAGUGGACCACCUCCACCACCUCCACAUCAUCAUCUACUGCCACCAACACAUCCAGGCGCUGGUGGUCCGGGCAUAUCUCCACUGCUCGUUGGCCACCAUCAUCAUCCGCUGGUGGUGGGUGGACCACCACCACCACCCCCGGGUCUUAUUCCUCCCGGUGGUCCUCCUUCUCAUCUGCACGGCAGUAGUAGUGGUGGUGGUGGUGUUGGCGGGCCAGACAGUAUUAGUGGGCAUCCGCAACCACCCUCUUCCAGCAGUAACAACAACGGUGGCAGCAACAGCAACAGCAGUAGUAGCAGUAGUAGCAGUGGAAACAUUAUCGUCUCUUCGCGUCCUCACUCGCCUCGGGGCCAUAGUCCGAACAGGGAAAGAGAUAGCUAUAGUAGUAACGUAAGUAGUUUAUCGCGCUCAACGCCCGGUUCCACAAUACCUGCGUACAGUGGCGGUGGACCUGCUGUAAGCGCUUCGCCAGUGCUGCCAGCAUUCGGUACCGGUUCUGGGCCCCAUUCGGUUGCCCUAGGCGUACCGUCGGUGGCCAUAUCGGUCGUCUCUUCUAGUCUCACUUAUCCUAAAACUACGCUGACGAUCGGAGGCAGCAUCAUGUCUUCCGCCUCCAACUCCUCCAUCUCCUCCACUACCGCGUCCACGACGGUACCGUCGACGGGCGGUGGUGCGGGUGGACCUGGUGUGCCACCGGGGUGGCCACCGGGUGUAGCCGCCCCCGGGCAACCCACCGUCGUAUCGAUAGCAUCCCACUCGAACUCACCCGCGGCCUCAUCCGGUGUACAUAACAGUUCGUCCUCGUCUUCCUCGUCUACGGUCGGGUCUCAUCACCACCAUCACCAUCAUCUGCAGCAGCAGCAGCAGCAACAACACCACCAUCACGCACGUCCAACACCUCCACCACCGUCAGCGAGCGAUCGUGCCGGUUCAACGUCCACCUCGAUUGCGGUCUCAUCUCCGUCAACGUUUCCGGCGGCACCACUGUUCGCUACACCGAUUCCACCACCGACCAGCGUUGCCCUAGCCAGUCCGGCAGGGGCUGGGUUGUCGGUAGCGAGUGCCGUCACCGUCUCAUCCGCAGCAGGUGCUGCCGGACCACCACCACAACCAGCACCACCACCCGCCACACAUCCACAUCCAUUUUCGGCUGAAUCUCUCUUCUCCACAAAAGCAUCCGACCAGGCUGAUAUGUUACGGCGUGAGCUAGACAACCGGUUUCUAGACCGUAGUGGAUUAACGGCGGUACCGCCUGGGCCGCCGUACCUACGGCAGGAGCUACAUCAUCAUCAACACCAGCACACUCACCUGCAUCAACACCAGCAUCAACCGAUGCUUCCCGGUGCGGCCGGCGGUGCACCCACACUCUUUCCGCCACCUCUCUUCAAGGACGUGCCUAAAAUCGGUGCUGUCGAUUCGCCCUUCUACCGUACGGGGAUAGGGAUGCCGGCCUAUCCGGGAUAUCCGCCAGGUUUGCUGCAUCCAGGAUUGAGCGGACCGACACAGUUUGUGCCACCGAGUCAUCUACAAUCGUUCGUGCCGAAGCAACAGACGCCACCGGUCGACCCGAACAAAAAGAAAACUGGAAAGUGGAACGCAAUGCAUGUGCGUAUUGCAUGGGAAAUUUAUCACCAUCAGGCAAAACAGAACCCGGAUAAGGCGGCCUCCAUUAAGACGGCUUCGGAGAUGUUGCGGCCACCGUCGCACAUGUAUCCACCGUCGGCGGCCGCUGCUGCUGCAGCAGGGCUCGUACGUCCGCACGAUCUGCCGUCAUCCACCUUCCCACCAGGAGGCCUUCCCGGGCGACCGGGUCCAUACGAGUCAACACCGUUGCCGCCCAGCUUCAUGAGCUCCCCGGCUAGUCACAUAGGUGUUUCACCAUUUGGGCGGUAUGCCUCACCGUACGGUGGUUCACCAUUCAGCGGCCUAUCACCCUUCUCGCGGGACAUACCGAUGGGAACGCAAAUCCCGGGCUCGCUACACGAUCCGUGGCGCAAUGCACUACCACGUAGCGUUAGUAGCUUUCCUCCUGGACCGCAACCCGGAGCGGGUGGAUCGUGGCCACCGAUAAAGCAAGACCCGGGUUUAGCGGCCGAAACCGCACGCCGUGAGGCAGAGGAGCGCGAACGGCAACGGGAGCGUGAGGAGCGGGAACGCGAACGGCAACGACGGGAACGGGAGGAGCGUGAAAAGCAACGCGAACGCGAACGAGAAGAGAAACUCCGCAAGGAACAGCAGGAGCGAGAGCGGGAGCGCGAACGUGAGCGGGAACGGGAACGUAAGGAGAAGGAGCGGCGUGAUAUGGAACGACGGGAGAUGGAACGUGAGCGGAUGUUGCACCAGCAGCAACGGGAAACGAAGGCGGCGGCGGCGGCGGCCGCUCUUGCCAUCAACCGUGACCGUUCGCCGCUCCGGAACGGAACCGAACUGGACAUCCGGAUCAAGGAGGAGCCCCGAAAGGACGAUGAGUUGCUGUUGCGUAGUCAUGCGGCCGCGGCAGCAGCAGCAGCUGCCAGCGAUCCACGCUAUCAUCCGUCGAUGAUGCCGCACCAUUAUAUGGCCGGCCGGCAUCCGGCUGCCCACAUGCUACCCGGCGGUCAUCUGUCUCGCUCGAUGCUGCCCCCGUCGAUGGGGCUACCGACGCAUUUCCCACCCCACGGAUCCUGGGGACCGGAUCCGUUCCGGGACUAUCGGCUCGACCCGUUGCACCAUUCACUGCGCUACAACCCGCUCAUGGAUGCGUACCGGGCAGAGGAAGCAAAGGCGUCUCUGCUGUAUGCCGCCCAAACGGCGGUGCACUUCCGGGGCAAGGAACCGAGCCCGGUCCCACCACCACAGCAACCACCUCAACAACAGCAACCACCACCACCACAAUCGCACCAUCGUCUACCACCCGGUAGCGGUGGCGGUACUGGAGGAAGUGGGGGAGGAGGAGGAGGUCCACCCAUAGGACAUCCGCCUGGGUCCGGUACGCCCGGUGCGACCGGUGGACCACCCGGUUCCCUAAAGGCACACGGUUCCUCCACACCCACCAACGGACCAGGUGUAAUGGGUGGUACGCCCGGUGGUGGUGGUGGAGGAGGACCACCACCGUCCUCUGCCGGUUUACCACCGACGUCCGUAUCUACGGCACUGCCCGCAUCGAUCGAUAUGCACAAAAAGGAAGACACCUGCCAAUCCCGAUGAUAGUCGGUGGGCGGCGGCUCGUUGGUGGCAGUCGGUGUCGGCAACGGUGGCCCCCAUCCCUCAGCCGUAACGACGCCAUUGAUUGUGAUCGUGGAUGAUGACUAGUUGCAGAAACGUGAAAGCAGCAUGCCGUACGAUUAACGUGGAUAGGUCAACCCGAAAAGGGAAGCAGACUGUGAGUGGCUUCCAACUUCCUGCAAUACAACGUAACACAGUCCCCCUACAACUGACGAGCAAUAGUGCAAGCAACCGAAACGCGUGAAGAAAUCGAGAUAGGAAAGGAAAGAAAGAGAGAGCGAGAGAGAGAGAAAUAGUGUGAGAGAGAAAGAGAGAGCUCAAGCAUAAUAGCAAUCUUGCAAUUACUUUCAAAGUUUUUGUUUUGAUUUUGGUGAUCUGAAAGCCCAAUUUCUCUGCCCUAAACUAGGAUCUAUCUACUUAGUUUUCCAAUUUGAACCCUGGGACCAUACGCUCUAAACGUACCACCCUUUUCCCUGAAAACUACACAAUAGAGAGAGCCUCUCCAGAAGUAGUAGACAACGUAAUAAUGAGAUGUAUCAAAACCGAACCGGAACGAAACACUGCUGCUGUUGCAAAAGAGCCGGGGACUAGAAAGACUGACCCGAGAGGAACGCGAAGGCGCCACUACGCGGGAGAUUAUCAGCAAUAACGAGCAGAAUGAAUACAGCAAACUGAUCAGAGCACCUGCGAAAGGAGAAUGGUUUGAACAUAGAAAGAAGCGAAGAAGAGGAAAAAAAACAAACACACAAAUAGACAGCUUUCGCUGUUGGCUUUAGUGCGUCUCGUAGUUGUUUUUUUUAAAUAUUAUUUUGGACUAAUAGACAUCUUACUAUUCAUCAAUUCAUGUACCACUAAAAGGGUUCGAAACAGCACAGCCAAUUCUGCCGUAAUAAUGACAAAGAACUUGGAAAGCUUUCUUUGCUUUAUAGCAAACAAACAAAACAAAAAAACACGGUAUGCAAGUGGAUAAACAAACACCGGCGAGAACGACGAAUGCGCACAAACAAAUAGGUUUUACAGAACGGGCAAAACGUGUUUCGUUUUGUCAAUCCGGCAUCUUGAUUAGUUAAUUUUAUUAUACCGUAAUUGUAAAUAAGCCACACAGGGCAAUCGUUCAAUCGGUCUAUAUCUGGAUGUGCUAAAUAUGUUGCUCCAAAAAGUGAGGAAAACUUUGAUUAGUAAAUCAUUAAACGCAGCAGAAAUCGGAAAUUUCAGGUCGGAACAAAAAAAAGGGACACAGCACAAGCAGGCCUUGUGUCCAUGUCACUCUUUUCUUCUCUCCUGUUCUUCUAAACUCCGUUCAUCCAUUUUCCUUCUCCGACUCCUUGUUUUCCGUGAUCAUUUCUCUCCUCAUCCACAGCACCACAUUCCAAAGUAUGCCAAAAAGAAAAACCGCACACACAUACACAUAAAAAAUGGGAGGAAAAGCAAACCUGCAAUAUAAUACACAGGCACGCAGGCCCAGGCAAUUGAAAUCAAAACGAAUUCAUAUACACAUACUCAACACAACUAGCUAAAUGGACUGGCGGCUGCGGCCAGUCAGGUUAGGCCAAAACGGAAGCGAGGAAGGAAGAUGUUUAUUUUUUUGUUUACUUAAAAGGAUACUCAAAACAAGGAUAGUUAAUUUGACGACAUAGGAUGUUUUUUUUUUCGUUCCUCCAUCUCUCUCGUUGUUGUGUUGAACACGAACUUAAUGCAUUUAUUAUCGAUCGAGACGGAGGAUUGUUUUUGCAUCUUAAUUUUCUCGUCUAUCAUCUGGACUGACGCUGAUCUGGUCUUGUUCGUGCUCUAGGUUUAAUACCAGACUGCUAUAUCUAUGCGAAAAAGAGAAAGAGAGAGCUAUGGUUGUACAACGACACGUUAAUGUACGUGCUUCGGUCAUUAUCCUACGGGGGAAGAGUGAAGACCACUUGAUGGGUGCCACUAAGGCGCAGGACCAGUCCCGGUUGGCAUAGCCGAAUCGUGGACUGAUUUUUCUGGUAUAUACAUUAGUCACCACAUCAGUUUAGUAGAGGCAAAUGUGAAGCCCCUCGCAUGGUCUAGCAUGGGUCAUGUUUGGCAUUAAGCAAAUUGUUUUGCUUUAAAGGCAAUCGGUUAGGUUGGGGUUUUUUUAGAACCUUAGCGUAAAUCAAGGGAAAUUCAUCAAGCGCGAAACCUAAUACUGUGUAGACCGAUUAGAAAAAGGGGAUCUAAAACCAAUAUACACACAGAUAGAGAGAGAGAGAGAGAAAACCCCCCCGGUGUAGAAGAAUAUGAAAGAUAGCUUCUAACAAAAGCGAUAAGAAAGCUUCUCACAAGGUAGCUACAUUAUACAUUAUGCAUAAGUAGAUUAUGCGGAAAAGUGUGAACCAAUUGCCCUUAAGAUGGCGCAUUUCGAGAGAGUUUGGGAAACGGGAAAGGGCGCGAGAAGGAGGAGGGAGAAGUGGGGAGGGGGGGGGAUGGUAAUUAUCGGUGGCCGUGCAUAGAGUUAGCUUAAUUUAAUUAUAUUUCGUUUUAAAUAUAAUUAAAUAUUAUUUAUUCGAUAGUCAGUUUUUUUAAAUUGUAUAAACAAAACACAAACGCAAGGUAAAUAGUUUUGCCUAUAAACGUCGUGGAGCGCUCAAAACGCGAAACAAUUUAUAAGUAAUACAACAGCGCUGAGAUUAAGGAUGCGAAUGUGCUGAAAGCGUGUCGAGCAGGAGUAUGUAUAAGAAAGCUCUACAUACGUAAUCGAAGACGAGUCGAAGUAAAAUUGAUCUUUUCUCUUUUUAGUUUUCUUUUUUUUUUUUGUUCUUUUUGGGAAGUGUUACUAGCGCGUUAGCGCGGGAGGGUUGGGAUUAGUGAAGCGAGGGAAAAAGGGAUGGGAUAAGCAGCAUAAGGCUGCGGAAGCCCUUAGAGAAUUGGAAAUCUCCGACAGGUUUCGCUUCUAGAGAUAUUUGCGUAGUUGAGUUUAUACGGAAUGAUGGAUGAGAUGUAGUAGUGUGACACGAAGCGGAAGUGCUCAAUCACAACCACACACAGAUACACAAAAACAGAUACACUAUUUUAAAAUUGCAAAAACAAUUAAAGUAAAAGCAGUUAACAAGACGAAAACAUACACAAAAACAAAACAUGUCUCUUACACCGGAAGGUAAUAGAAGAAACAAAGUCAAAACACUCACUCACACACAUAAAUUAAAGAAGAAAAGAAAAACACAAAACAAAAUCCAAACACACAGUACAGAACACACAUUUUACAUAAAAAUAAAAUAAAAGAAACAAAGUAUAUUCGAAUCAUUGAGCAUUAGUUUUGUUGAGUUUUUUUUUGUUCUUUUUUAUGAAGUAUAUUUUUUUAUUUACAGCGUAAACUUAUUUAUUUUAUUUUAUUUUAUUAUUAAUUUUCUUUUAUUAUUUUAUAUUUUAGCUGUUCAUCCAAUAUUCGUGUAGUUGAGUAGAGAUGAUUACCGGUUAAGGGCGGCGGAUGGCAAAAAACAAGAUGGCUGGGCUGUUUCUAAUCCUGAUUCCGUUCCAUUCACUGGGUGCUCUGAUUGAAUGUUCAGCUCCGUACCGUGUAUGUGCGUGUGUUAACCUUCUACGGCUUUCGGGUAAGGAAAAUGCGAGGAUAUCCCUGUCCGGGCAAUAUAGAGCAAUAACGUGAUAAAGUGAGGCAAUAAGACGAAAUCCGCUGAAAGAUUGUAGUAGUGUAGUAAACACAUUCACGCGGGCGCGUCAUUACACCUCGCCAAACAAAAAAAAAACGGGGAAAGAACAAGCGACGAACCGGAGCAAAUGUUACUAAGCAAUUGUCGGAUCCUUACUCUACCAAGUAGAAAGGUUUUAGGGUACGAGAAUGCAGCGCGGUGGUGGAAAACUAAUCAAAAAAACUACACAUACAGAAAAGUAAAGUUUCAAACCCCCUUUACAUGCAAGCAAAACAGAGAGACAAACCGUGAUCGAAUGCAAGCCACACACUGCUCUAGGGAGGGAAGAAAAACAGAUGUGCAAAAUUAGGACGCCUUGGUUUUAUUGGCGCGCUUGCGAGGCCAAAACAGGAAUGAGCAAGAGCACAACCCGGACUGAAACCCUGUAUGUGUGUGUGGGUAGGUGGAUAAAUAGGUGUACCUAUUUAAAUUAGGAAAACGGUGCGACUAAGUGCAGCUAGCGAAAUGAAUGAACACAACAAAAUAAUACAGAGGAAACAUUUAGCAAGCGUAUAUAAGCAAACAGAAGCGUUGAAAGAGGGAGCUGAUGUGCGAAACACACAGCCAAGAGCAAAACGUAUCGUAGAAAGAGCAAAACUAACGAGAAAAAAAACAAAAAGAUUUAAAAAAUACAGCGCAAAAACAUAUACCGUAGCAUGUAGGACUUUAUUAAAGUAGCAGGUGGUUUGGUGGUUUGAAGCGGGAACGGCACGUUGUGCGGCUGGAUGAAGAAUGAAACAGAAACACAAGCAUUAAUGUUAAGUAAGAUUAUUGCAAAACAGACAACAACAAGAAAAAAAAUUAAAGCGUGGCGUGGGAAAAAAUGAAAAUGUAAAAUAAUGAAUAAUGAAACCAAACACACAACACGCGCAUAGGAAGACCAAAGCGAAGCGAUACUAGUAGUGGUAAAACAACAACUAGAAGAUGAAGAAAAAACGUAUAAAACACGCACACAUGCGAUAUACGCGAUUUCGAUAAAAAGGAGAAAACAGUCGAACGAAGACGAAAAAGUAAUUUAACAAAUCUAGAUUGUGACUAUAAAUGAUAUGAGAAAAUUCCCCAGCAAAGAGGAUUUAUUUAAACCUCUUUUAAAGCAGAAUAAAAGAAGGACGAGCAAGGCAGUUAAGACAAGCGGGGAAGAUGAUAAAGAUUUAGAAUCGGACAAGCCUGUGGCGGAUAAGGAAGACAGAGAGUAAUAUAUUAAUGUGCUUUCGUUCUAAAAAGCGUUUAAGCGAGAUCUGGAGACGAUUUACGAUUACAACCAAACAGAAAGGAGAGAAAAGAAAAAAAACACAUCCCCUUAAACCACACCAAUUUCCUCACAAUCUCCUUUAAAGGCAAAAAAGUACAUACUAUUGUAUAGUGGAAGAGAAGGCAAAAAUGAGACGUAAAACACAGAUCGCCACCUGGAUAAAUCAGGUGGCAUACAGGCGAUAAGAAAAGCUAAAAUGUGGUAGAAAGUAAACAAACACACAACACACUGGCGCAAAAAAUCACACACACGAAUUAAGCAGUCGAAUCUGUGUAGCGAUUCGCAAAAAAAACGUUAUUUAGAGCGAUAAGAAUAGAAAAGCGGUGUGAUUAAAUUAGAAAGAGAUUAAAAACAAAAACACAGUGAUGCAAUUUCGCCAUUUUCGUGCAAAAAAAAAGGAGGGCGACGAAUGCAGCAAAAUGAACAAACAAAAUGAACAAACGAGGAUCAUCGUAUUGAAGCAGUAGAAGAAGUUAUUUUAUACACAAACGCGUGCGUACACAUGCCCACGUAUUUAGCCAUGAUACAUUGGAGUUUUUGGUGGUGUUUAUUGCUUUAAACCCGGUCGAACAGUAGAGAAGGCAAUAAAUAAAGCCGCAGGAUGGAAACGGCUUAACAUUUUAUACGGUCCAAUAGAAUCGAACGAGACACAUGCAAAUAAGAGAUGAAAACAGUGAAGCAUACAAGGUUAGCAUACAAAAUGUUUGCAACAUAUUGUUACAUCAUUUUUGGAGUAGUGACGAAAGUGUAUUUGUGGCGUUUGUGUGCGCUCUGUGUGCACGCGCGUUUGUGUAUGUGUGUAGGAAAACGAAAGUAAAAGAAAAACACACUACAAUGGUGAUGCGAAAGGAUGGAAGAAACGUAAAACGGAAGCAGAGAAAAAAAGUAAGUAAAGUGGGGUGCAGGAAAGCAGAAGAAAAUAAAAUAUUUGAAAAAUUAUCAAAAACGAA